AACAUGAGGUGAAGGCCACAAAGCCAGUGUAAGCAUCACAGACGGACACGAAAGAAACUCGAGUCGACCGACGAUGUCGCACUGCCGCUCGCCACCACUAGCUAGCUGCUAGGAGUAGAGAGUAAUCUCCUGCUGAAAAGAUCUGGCUUGACGUUUGUGUAUCUUCCCCGUCGAGCUGAGCUGAGCUGAGCUGAGCCACAAGUUUCCCUUCUCCGUCGCGUCGCUUGGUUGGUUUGUGUCCUCCACGCAACCACCACUCGCCCUCACUCGCUUGCUUCGACCUCGACGACCAGUUGAUGCCUGAUUUGGUUGUCUUUUGUUUGCUGCUUCGCGCCGCACGGUUCCAGUUCCAGUUGCCCCCUGCAAGUAGGAGGUCCACGCGAGACUGACCGUCCAUGGCCGCCGCCGCCCCGGCGGCCCCCGGGAGCGGGCGCCUCAGCCGCCCGCGGCCGCCUCGGGUGGGGCUGCGCGGCGCCGGGGCGGCGUUGGAGGGGCCGUCCUGCCUCUACGUGGGGCCCAUCGAGACCGCCAGCCAGGAGAAGCUCGAGGCGCUCUACCACCAGGCCAGGGAUUCUUACUACAGUGGCCAGCCUUUGAUCGUUGAUGACAUGUUUGACAAAGUUGAGUUGAAGCUCCGGCUUUAUGGCUCCAAAUCCGUUGUAAAGUACCCCCGUUGCAGCCUCAAAAGACAAUCGACCUACGCCGACGCUGAGGAGGAUAAAUCAAUGUUUAUGGCAUUAUCAAGCAUCUGGAUGCUGCUGCUCCUGUUUGGUACCUCAGCCUUUCUGGUUCCCAGUCUAUACGCCCUGAGCCUAGCGUUCGGAGAUGCAUUCGGAGCAAGGUACCUCUUGUACGGUCCAAAGUCCCUUGAGAUGAUAACAAGGAUCAACGACCUGGCUUUAGUCGGAUUGGGCUAUCUGGUUGGUUACCCAAUCGCAUCUGCAUCCGUUGGUGCACUGCGAGGCUUGUUGACAAACAAUUUGGUUGCACUGAAAGGAUCUUGCCCAAAUUGUGGUGAGCAGGUAUUUGCAUUUGUUAAGACAGAUAAAUCCAUUCUAACACCUCAUAGAGCAGAAUGCCAUGUCUGUGAGUGUCCAUUGGAGUACCGCACUAAAGUGGAGAGAUCGUUGUCGGGGCCUGGAGGAAGCUGUGUCUACGGUCGGGUUUAUCUGGUGAAGCAAGGGCAUCCUAAGAAACGGAAAUGGAUGUAAACUAUAAUUAUAAUGGUAGCUACUGCAGAAAGUUUGGCGCGUACCACUCUUCCGAUCGGUGUUCAGAAGUGCUCACUGUGUUUCCAUUGAAUCAUUUAUCAGCGCAAGCAUUUUGUAAAGCACAUACAUUCCUUUAUGAGACUUCAAAACUCUGCGGAUGAACUUAUAGUAGUGUUGUUCGUUCCUUUUC